AUGUGGCCACCUCUGAUUGGUGGGAGGGUGCUGACUUGGCGGUACGCUUUGACUUGGUUGAUUGGGUCAAUAGCGGAUCUGGGCCGCCCAUCGCAGAUCGGACGGCCGAGGGGUGGCUCCGUCCUCAGGAGGUCGCACGCCAGAGUGGAGCUGGAGCACCAGAACGGCGGCGGGUCAUCGGGGCUUGGUCGGAGACGGCGCUCCAGUGGCCGAGGUUCGACGGCAAACGACGGAGGGAGAAGGUCACGGAGAGCCUCUAGUGGUGACCUCGACGGUGGGGAGGCAGUGAGGAGGGAGGUCGAGGCAGUGAAGGGACUUGCAGCGAGGAGUGGUGCGGCGGGCGCGGCGUGGUUCUGCGAGCUCGAGGGAGGAAGCGGUGAGGGCGGUGGCGGUUUACAGAGGGAGAUCGAGAGCUCGGCCGAAAUCGGUCAUGGCGGUGGCGGCGGCGAUUGA